AUGAGGGAAAGGUCUUUCGAUGCUAUUUCGUCUUCGUCUUCAUCUUUUGGUGAGUUGAGGAAUAAAAUAAUCACGUUCUUUGAGGAAUUGAGAGGGAAGAAGCUAUUGGCUGAAGGGAAGCCUGAAGAGAAAGAUAUGAUUUUUCCGGAGUUGAAGAAUCAUGUCAGGGAGUUGAUGAUGGAUCAGUUUGCAAAUUAUUUGGUGCAGAAGAUGUUUGAGGUUGCAAAUGAGGAGCAAAUCACUGAGUUAGUGAUGAUGGUGGUGAGUCAGGAACAUAAGCUCAUGAACAUUUGUCUUGAUACCCAUGGGACUCGGGCCAUGCAAAAAUUGCUUGGACGAUUAACCACAGCUGAGCAGAGAUUGUUGGUUGUAUCGGCUUUGAGGCAUAUUACUAUUACUCUAUCAAAGAAAGCCAAUGGCCACCAUGUUAUUGAGCACUGUUUGAAUUAUUUUCCAAAUGAAAACAAAAAGUAUAUAUUGAGUGUUGUGGCUGAUAACUAUCUUGAUAUUGCUAGGAUUCCACAGAUGACUCAUGGUAUAUUGGCGCAACUUGCUGGAAACUUUGUCUCUUUGUCCACGAACAAAUACGGCAGCAAUGUGUUUGAAAAAUGUAUGAAAAAGGCAUCUAAAGAACAAUCCAUGCAGAUUAUCCAAGAAAUAAUCGAUAGCCAAAAUUUCUUAACACUUUUUCAAGAUCUUUUCGGGAACUAUGUUGAUCAGUCUCCAUUCUCCCAUGCUAAGGGAUCAAUCCGCCAUGCUAUAAUGAAUCUAAUUCAGAUGCAUUACUCUUACUUGCUUGCUAGGGCUAGAGGAACCAGAUAA